UCGAUUUGUGAUGUAUAAUUUGAAACUUCGUUCUCUCGUUUCAAAAGAUAUUUAAAGUUUUCAAACAGAUGAAUCGAAAGCCGAAUUAUUUAGUAUUAUCGUUUAAAUUAUUCAAUGAUUCGAGAUUUACAAAUGUUUAUCAAAAGUGCUGGUGAAGAAUGAAUUAUUUGAACAGUAUAGGAGGCAGCGGAACGAGUGCUGAUUCUGGCCUCCAAUUGAACAAUGUCGAAGUGUUGUAUACUAAAGUGCAAAAGGUUUAUAUAAAACCUCAACAUAAAGAAGAAAGACAACGUGAUCUUAGAGUGAACGUUGAAACUCAUGCUGGCCUUAGUCCUGUUUGUCGCAAGAGUUUAUGUGUCUUAUUGUCAGACGAUGAUGAUCCUUGUUUUUUAUAUUCCUUGUUUAUUGCUGAAGAGGAUUUUAAAGUAUUGAAAGCUCAACAAGGUUUAUUAGUAGAUUUUGAUAAUUUCGCAACGCAAUUAAUAUGUUUAUUAGAACAAUGCAAUGUACCUGGUUCCAAUGUAUCAAAAGCACCACCCAAAUUUCUUUUGCUAUUGGCAGAAGAAAAUGCAGAAUGGACAUUCAAGCUGGUUGAAACUAAUAAUUUUAAACAUCUUUGUCAUUUGAGUUUAUUUAUAUCUCCUGCUAAUGUUUCUGAUUUGAGAACUCAUAUGGCUACGAAAAUAAAACAAUUAAAAGAGAAUGUUUUACAAAAAAGUAGAGAUGUACUUGGGUUAGAAACGCGAUUGAAUGAUUUGACUAAUAAAUUUGAAUCAAAGACUAAGGAAUUAGACCAAUUAGAACAAAGAUAUCUAGCAGAAAAAAGUCAAAUUCAAAUUAGCUCUACUCAGCAAAUAAGUAUUGAAAAGGACAGAUUUGCUCAAGCAAGACUAGAAUGGCAGCGCCAAAGUGAUAAAGAGAAAAUGGAAUUAGAACAUAGACAUACAGAAACUUUAAAACAAUUACAUGCUGAACUUGCUGAAUUGCGUACGCAAAAUAUGAGCUAUAAGGAUAAAUUAUCAUAUCUUGAAGCUACUAAUAAAGAACAAAGUAAACAAUUACAAAAUAUCGAGAAAGAAUUAAAUGUUGCCCAAAAAGAAUUAGUUUUUCUAAAAAAACAGAAUUCAAAAUUAGAUAUAGAUUAUCAUGAGAAAGAUAAAGCUGUUAAUGGUUUACGUACAAAAGUAGCUGUACUUGAACAGGAAUUAAAAGAUAAGGGUGUAAUCAUUAAUAAACAUACAGAAAUGUUAAAAACAGCAAAAGAACAAAAACAACAAUUAGAGGAACUUUUAGCUGAUAAGGAAGGUCAAUUACAACGUAAGCAAAAUUCUUUGAGAAGUUUAAGCGAUGAAUUAGUAAAAGCUAAUGAAAUAUUAACAAAAUUACAAAAUGAAUUAGCUUCUACUAAAUCUAAAUUAAAACUAAGAACAAGUAUAGCAUUGGAACAAGAAAGAUUAUUAGACAGUAAGCAAAAAGAAGUUGGUCAAUUAGAAAGCAAAAUGGAAAGUUUAAACAAAGAUAUUAAAGAUUCAAAAAUAGAAAUAGAACAUUUAAAAGAACAAAUGAAAGUAUUGCAAAAUCAAUUGGAAGAAAAAGACAAAGUAAUAAAAAAUAAUGAUAAUGUAAUCAAUUGGUUGAAUCGUCGUUUAGCUGAUAAUCAAUCUCCACUUCAGAGUGCUACUACUCCAGCUCCAGUUACUAUACCUUCAUCAGUACAGCUAACUUUACCAAGACCAAAUAAAUUAUAUGCAAAUAGAUUUGAAACGCGAACACCUGCACCUGCUAUUAUACCACCUACUACAUUAUCAGGAUUGCCAUUAAAAAAUCCGAUAGUUCAAAAUCCUAAUAUUAAUCAAACUACUCGUACCUCUGCCAGAUCUAUGGGAGUAGGAGUAGGAGAUAGUACAAUGGGUUUAUCUUCUAUUAACAAAACUGGACAAAUUUCUAGUACCAGUACACCAAUGGAUCGCAUCAAUACUCUAAAUAAAUUAUCAGGGAAUAUACCAGGUAUGUCAUCUGUACCAGCUAUUGUAGAAAACAAUAAUCCAUGCAUAUCUUCAAAUGGAACCAAGACAAAGGGUUCAAACGUUGCACUACAGGGUGGAUUAAGAAGAGCUGGUUUGUCGGACAAACCAAUUUUACCUUCAGCUUAUUUCCCCAAAACUUUACAUUGACAAGGCUGCCAGUCACAUUUUGACAAAAAAAAAAAAAAAAAAAAAAAACAAAAAAAAAAUA